UCUAGUACACUGUAUUGGUAAAUGCCGUCCUGCACGUGUGUACUCUUCAUUGUUGACGGCGCUUUCCGGUUAUGGCCCUAACGAAAACGCAGAAAUUGCAAAAGAAACAGCUUAGUGAUGUUACCGUCGAAGAGUUCAUGGCUGGAGGAUUUUCCUCGGACUCCGAUGACGAUCAUGCUGCCACUGCAAGCGAGCCCAACGGCGGGUCUCUCGGCUCUGGCACUGACCGGCUGCCAGGGGCGAAGCCGAAAAGACUUCUCAAACGUAAGAAACAGCGCCCCGACGAAAAGCUGCAAGCGAGUAGCGCGAGAAAAGUGGUGCCGAAGAAGCCGCGCAAUGCAGCCAAAAAAGAAGCGAGUCCGAAGCGCGACUGCUUGGCAGACUCGGACAGUUAUUCGGACGUCGACGGCGUAGAGAGUAGCGAAGAAGAGUCCGACGUUGACAUCGAAAAGCAGAAGGAAAUAGUGCGGAAGCUGAAGGAAACCGACCCCGAUUUCUAUCAGUACCUGGAGGAGCACGACAAAGACCUGCUCGACUUCUACACCGCCGAGGAAGUGGAUGAUGAAGAAGAGCCCGAGGAAGUGCCCCCCAAAAAGAAGCAGCUACUCAAACUCGAGGACAUCGACCGCUUUUCGAGAGACUUGCAGACAAAGCCCGAGCUGCGCAAGAUCGCGGAUGUGGUCGACUGCUUCAAGGCGGCCGUUUUGCAAGCAGAGGGAGACGAUGUAGGCACAGACUCCAAGAAGCAUACGAGUCCUUUCAAAGUCGAAGGGCAAAUCACAUUCAAUGCCGUCGUCAAGCUUUGUCUCAGUGACUUGGUGCCUGCAUUGCACCAAGUGUUGCGUCUGCAGGAGCCCGCAGUUGUUCAAGAUGACUCCAAGUCGUUUGACCCAACCAAAAGCCACAGCUGGAAGAAGGCCUCGGUAGUCGUGAAAACUUACCUCAUGAACGUCGUCAAGCUCAUCACCGCAGUGACUGAGCCACAGCUCGUAUCGGUGCUCCUGAGGCACAUCCUAUUUUUAGUCCCGUACUAUGUCGCCUUCCCGCAAGUCGCCAAGGCACUUCUAAAGCGUCUUGUGCAACUCUGGUGCGAGGCAGAAGAGAGCGUUCGUGUUGUUGCCUUUGUCUGCCUCAUCCGCACAAUCCGUGGCCUCCCACACAACUACCAUGACAAUGUGCUGAAGCACAUGUACAUGUCUUACGUACGCAACUGCAAGUUCACCUCGCCCACUACGUGGCCUCUCAUUAACUUCAUGAAGCGUUCACUCGUUGAGGCUUAUUCUGGAGAUGAGAGCCUGGCCUAUCAGCAUGCCUUCCUCUAUGUCAGGCAGCUUGCCAUUCACCUCAGGAAUGCGAUGACUGUUAGAAAAAAGGACACCUGCAAGGCCGUCUACAACUGGCAGUACAUCCACUGCUGCCUCCUUUGGUGCCACCUUCUGGGGACAGUGUCACCAAGCAAAUUGCUCCAGCCGCUCGUCUAUCCGCUAGUCCAGACGAUGGUAGGCACCAUUCAGCUGAUUCCAGCUGCGAAGUACGUUCCAUUGAGGUUCCACUUGGUUCGUGGUCUCAUGCAGCUGUCGUCCUGCACAGCCGUCUUCAUUCCAGUCAUGCCCCAUCUCUUGGAAGCGUGCACAGUUGUCAAUUUUGGCCAGAAGCACUCUGCAACGUCCAUGCGACCUCUGGAGCUGAGCUGCAUAUUACGUGUGUCGCCGGCACAGAUGAAAGAGAGUGGAUUCCGUGACGCCGUUAUCGAGACCUUUUACGAGCUCGUCCUGGAGUACCUCUCCACUGUCUCCCAUUCAGUGGCCUUCCCAGAGCUGGUUCUGCCAGCCCUGGUCUACCUUAAGGAGUUCUCCAAGAAAUGCAAGGUUGCAAACUACACAAAAAAGUUGAAGCAACUUGCAGAGAAGAUGGAAGAGAACUGCAGGUUUAUUGAGAAUCGCCGCACCAGCUGCAACAUUGCGCUUGGUGACGCUCAGGCGCUGGACAACUUGGAGCAGAGGUGGAAGCAUGAAGGGACUCCUUGGAGCAGGUUCUACGAGCAGUGGAGCAAGCUGCGAAACCAGAGGCAGGAGACUGCUCUUCAUGGCAAGGUGCUGACAAAGCUGCCGGAAUCCGACUCGGAUUCUGAUGACGGAAGGCCAAGACGGAAAAAGAAGGGAGCAAAGAAAAGAGAUCACCCUAAGCAGAAAGAGGAGAAGGAUGCUGGUGCGAGCAAAUACAGCGAAGUAGCUAUCAAGGGGGACACAGACAUCGUGCAGGACAUGACUUUGUCGUCAACUUCUGAGGAGGACAUGACCAGUGAUGGUGAAGACUUCGAUGAAACAGACUGAGCAUCGAUGCCAUAGUAAAUGUCUUUUUUUAUUAUACUCUUGAGAGUUACUUUUUUGGGGUUGGGAGACUAUGUGGGCAACUGUGAACCCCGUACACUUGAUAAACAAAACAAAAAAGGAAUGAUGCAGGAUAAUGGGCGUUUUAAACGUACAUAACUGCAGUGCAGUCAGUGGGCGAACCAGCAGCCAUUACUAGUAUGUGAAAUCAAAAUACAUGUUUACAUUUACAUUGCCAAAGCCGUAGUUCGAGGGACUAUGUGAGGGACAUGCAGACAUAUGCUGAAAAAGAAGCGGAGUGUUUUAAUUGACCUAAAAACUGCCUUAAAUGCACUGUGCUGGCUCGUAUCUGAAUUAUGUACAAAGUAAACUUGUUUUCGACUUCC